AUGAACGAUAAUCACCAUCGACCUAGACCCGUAUUAUAUCCGAUAAAAUCUUUACCAUCUUCUGGUACAAACUUAUCGUCAUCUCAUCGUUCAUCAUACGAAAAUAUAUUAUCUCAUCGACCAUCUCCACCUAUAGCUAUUCAAUGGAUGAGCCCACCUGACAAUAUAAGAUCCUCGUCUGCGGCUCGUUUUAACAUUUUACAUCAGCAACCGUCACCUUAUGUACCGUAUGCAUCAAAUAUUUAUGGAGUCUAUCGACGAGAACAACAACCACCAAAAAUAAGUAAUAAUAAUAAUUCGAAACCACGACGUUAUAACGAUCGUACAACGUUAGAAUAUGCCGAUUUUCAGGAUACACGAAUUGGCUUUUAUGAUGAUGAUGACGAUGAAGAUGAGGAAGAAUUUUAUGAAAUGUUUGAUUACAAUUUUAGUGUAAGUUUAAAGAAUGCAUAA